ACUAGUUUCAACGAAAUAUUACCAUUUAGUUCAAAAGAUGUUCAUCCAUUUAGUCAAAAUACAUUUAUUGCUCGGUAUCUACACAAUUUAUCAAUAAUUGACCCUAGAACUUUAUUUGUCUCUAAAGCAUCACUGUUUAAGUAUAUAAAAAUUUUAAAUGAUUACAAAGAAUAUUCUGGUUUAAAUGAAAAUGAUACUUCUUCAAUGUUAAGGAACAAUCAAUUUAACUAUGAUAUGAUUGAAAUAAAAAAAGCCUAUAAAUAUGUUUCAGCAAAUAUUCACCCAGACACAAAUCAAAGAAUAUUUCCAUUAUUUACAAUGAGUGGUUUUAUUUUAAGUGGAAUCCCUAUUAUAUCUGGAAUGCUAUAUUUUCAUUCUAACUCCUAUAGUAAUCUUUUAUUAAGAAGUCACAAAACUCAAUUUUUAUACAAAUCUUUUCCUAUUAUUUUUUUUCAAUGGCUAAAUCAAACCCAAAAUGCUUUAUUCAAUUUUGCAAAUAAAAACUCCACUAUGGAUUAUUCAACACACAUGUUUUUAUCUAGUUAUCUAUUAGCCUCAUUUAGUGCAGUUGGUAUUGCCAUAGGCCUAGAUUCUAUAUAUAAACGAAAAAUUAAAAAACUUAAAUAUGGCAAAAGUUUUAAUAAAUUUAUUCCAUUUGUAACUGUAGCAUUGGCAAACAUUGUAAAUUUGAUAUCUAUGAGAUAUCCAGAAUUAAAAGCAGGUAUCAAAAUAAUGGCAAAGGAUGGUACAAUAUUAGGAAGAUCUCAAUUAGCUUCUCAGAAAGCCUUAUUAGAAACCUCAAUAACCAGGGUUGUACUUCCAAUACCCAUAUUGAUAUUUCCACCAUUGAUCAUGACAUAUCUCACAAAUAAAAAAUUAUUUGUUAAACAUCGUAAUUUCAAAUUCCCUAUAAAUGUAUGUGUAAUUACUAUAUGUUUUACAUUUGCUUUGCCUUUAGCUAUAGCUAUUUUCCCACAAAUUUCAAAGAUUAAUAAAAAGUAUUUGGAAGCUAAUUGGAGGAAUGUCAAUAAAAAUAUUCUAUACAAUAAUAAAGCACAGGAUAUAUUAGAAGAUUCUUAUGUUUAUUUUAAUAGAGGAUUAUAA